AGGCCGUCGGCCCAUACCGACAGGUCCCAGUCAAAGAUUUUGAACCGAACACGUUCAUAUAAUGUGCCUCUUGUCUUCUCCUUUCCUCUCAUUCUGCAACGCCAAAGCUAUCGCUGCCUCUCUCAAUCACAAAUCUUGCAAAAGCAAAAGCGCCACUCAUCCUUGUCACGCCUUCGUCUCUUCCCCAAACCCGCCUUCGUCUCCCGCUCGUCUCCACCCUUCUUCUUUGAACGCUCGUUGCUGCUCAUCUUCUCCCGCUCUCUUCACAGAUAUGGAUGGACGCCCUAGUUCUUCUUUGUUACCAUUACAGCGCUGUAAAAUAUUACACCUGGUUAGGCACGCUCAAGGGAUACACAAUGUAGAAGGAGAAAAGGACCACAGCGCAUACAUGUCUCCAGAACUCUUUGAUGCUCAUCUUACACCACUAGGAUGGAACCAAGUUGAUAAUCUACAUAGGCAUGUCAUUGCAUGUGGGCUGAAUAAGAAGAUUGAUCUGGUUAUCACUUCUCCUUUGUUGAGAACCAUGCAAACUGCUGUUGGAGUCUUUGGAGGUGAAGCGUUGGUGGAUGGAGUCAAAGGGAGGCCCUUAAUGGUUGAAAAUGCCGGCAAUAGUGGUCGCCCAGCUAUUUCAAGUUUGGAUAGUCCGCCUUUUGUAGCAGUUGAGGCAUGCAGGGAACACUUGGGAGUUCACCCAUGUGAUAAAAGGAGAACCAUAAGGGAAUAUCAGACACUUUUCCCUGCAAUUGAUUUUUCAUUGAUCGAAAGUAAUGAAGAUAUUUUAUGGGAACCUAAUGUAAGAGAGCCAAAUGAAGAGGUUGCGAUUAGGGGAAUGAAAUUUUUUAACUGGUUAUUGACAAGAAGAGAGACAGAAAUAGCAGUCAUUACGCAUAGUGGAUUUUUGUUUCAUACUUUAAGAAGAUUUGGUAAAGAUUUUCAUCCACUAAUCAAAGAUGAAAUCUGCAAACAGUAAGUUUGAAAAAUCCUU